AGAUAGCAUUGAUUGCUGACUCUAUAAAAAGGGAAAAUAGGGAGAAGCAUAAACUCUUGUUUUAAGGGUCCAUCUUCAAGAUGACACCUAUUUGGGUUCUUUUGGUGCUUCUGGCACUGGACAACCUGUGCAACAACUGUGUGAAUUCAUCAGAAGAGACCCUCAGCAGUGAAUUUGUAAAUCAAUGUAUUAAGGAUGCCAUGCGGAUGGUAGAUGAGGCCUACAAGUACACCGCUGAGGCUAACCAAAUCAAGCUGGCAAAAAGAUCUGUCAGCCCAUCCACACUCCUUUCUGUCUUCAAGCAGCCUGUGAGAGAGACAAGGUCAGUUAUUCGGUCUGCAGAGUACAUGGACACAGCUUUGCGUCUCAUCCAGUCCCGUGCUUUGAGGAGGUUCAAGAGAUCAAUAAAUGCUACAGACCUUCUGACUUCAGACGACCUUAGUACUAUAGCACGUGUUACUGGCUGUGCAGCAAGAACCCAGCAGAGAACAUGCAGAGACACAUGUUUUUCUAGAACGUAUCGUAGCAUCACUGGGGAGUGCAAUAACUUGAAGAACCCUCGUCUGGGAGCAGUGAAUACCCCCUUUGUCCGAUGGCUGCCACCACAGUAUGAAGAUGGCUUCUUUUUACCCCGAGGAUGGACUCCAGGGAAACUGUACUCAGGAUUUCCAUUACCAUCGGUGCGAGAGGUAUCCAAUACAUUCCUUCACUCUGUGGAUCAAAACUUCCCUCCAGAUGAGGAUGUGAAUGCCAUGUUUGUACAGUGGGGUCAGUGGAUAGACCACGACUUGGAUCUCACCCCACAAAGUUCUAGUCUUCAGACCUUUAAUGAGGGCAUCGACUGUGAGGUGACCUGCAUCCAGAAGAGUCCCUGCUUCCCAAUUCAGCUGCCACCUGAUGACCCUAGGAUCACUGCGGACAGAAGCUGCCUUCCAUUCUUUCGCUCUUCACCUGUCUGUGGCAGCGGUGAGCUGGGCUACAUCUUUGGUGACGUUGCCAUUCGGGAGCAGUUAAAUGCCCUCACUUCCUUCAUUGAUGCCAGCAUGGUGUACGGAAGCACAGAAACCGUGGCUAAACGCCUACGUGUACCUGACAGCUUACUUGGAUUAAUGGACACCAAUACGGAAUUCAGAGAUGAUGGGCUCCCAUAUCUGCCAAUCGACAACAAUCAAAAUAGUCCCUGUAAAAUUGUACAUAAGAAUGAAAUGCCAGAUGAAACUAAUCCAGUUUCAUGUUUUAUUGCAGGUGAUGGACGAGUAACAGAGCAGAUCAGCCUUGCCAGUGUGCAUACAGUCUUCUUACGGGAGCACAACCGGCUGGCCUUUAAGCUACAUAAUCUGAACCCACACUGGAGUGGUGAAAUCAUUUACCAGGAAUGCAGGAAGAUAGUGGGUGCCAUGCAACAGAUCAUAACGUACAGAGACUUCCUUCCUCGUCUUAUUGGCACAAGGGCGAUGGAAAAUUUCUUACCUAAAUAUGAAGGCUAUGAUGAGUCUGUCAUUCCUUCAGUUGCCAACGUCUUUUCCACUGCUGCUUUUCGUUUUGGACACACCAUGGUCCAGCCAAUGGUACCACGAAUGAAUGAAACCUUCCAGGAACAUCCUCAGUUUAACAAUAUUCCCUUAACUAAAGCUUUCUUUGCAUCAUGGAGAGUCAUAAACGAAGGUGGCAUUGAUCCACUUGUCCGUGGUUUAUUUGGAACCCCAGCUAAACAACUGAGGCAGAAUCAGGUGAUGAAUGAAAUGCUGAGAGACCAUCUUUUUGAAAUCACCAAACAAGUGGCCCUAGAUCUGGGGUCCCUCAACAUGCAACGUGGCCGGGAUCACGGUCUCCCAGGAUACAAUGAUUGGAGGAAAUUCUGUGAUCUGUCCCAACCUCAGAACAUCAGUGAACUGACAGAGGUCUUCAACAAUGCAGAACUAGCCGCAAAGCUCUUGGAAGUUUAUGGCUCACCCAACAACAUUGAUGUGUGGCUCGGAGGAGUUUUAGAGCCACAAGUUGAGAAUGGAAAAGUGGGGCCACUCUUAUCCUGCCUCACUGGUACUCAGUUCAGACACCUGAGAGAUGGUGACAGAUUUUGGUGGGAAAAUGACGAUGUGUUCACCACUGCACAACGUGAAUCAUUGAGUCAAAUAACUCUUUCCCGGAUCGUUUGUGACAACACCCACAUUAAUGAGGUGCCAGUCGAUGCAUUUAGUUUCAAUAGCUACCCACUGGGCUACAGUAGCUGUAAUGCAAUUGCAGAAUUCGACCUUAGUACAUGGAAAGAAGACAUCAGCAGUUUAUUUUAGCACAAGCAUUUUGAUUAUCUGCACAUAAUUAAUUCCAUGUCAUGCCACACAUCCUAUAAUCUUUUCCAUGGAAAAUAAGCUGCUUUUUAUGCUUGCCAAUGUUUAGUUUAGGGGUACGUAGCAUGUUUGAAUCCUGCACUCGUCUUUCAUUGAAUGACAGCAGAACUCUGUGUCUGAAACAUUGUAAGCCAUUUCAGAGUUUCAGUGUGUGCAUAAAUAAUCAAAAAAGAAACAGAGUAGACACACACACACACACACACACACACACACACACACACACACACACACACACACACACACACACACAC